UAGAUAUAAUUUAGCUGGUAGAAAAUCACGCCAGAUGAAUUUGAGACAGGCAACUCUGUAGAGGUGUUUCAGUAAUUUCCCGGAACCAAAACGGCAAAAUCCCGUCGAUACGACACAUGCUUCUCUAACAUCCAGCAUCAAGGCAAAGCAAAUUCGAAAACCCUGGUUUCAGCCUUUCAGGGCUUAACACACUCUCACACUUCCCUCUGAAGGAAAAAAAAUGGCAAAGGACUCUAUACCGCGACCAUGGUUUCUCGAUUUGGUGCCUUUACUAGUGGUUAUUCUAAUAGCAGCUCAUGUCAUCGCAUUGGUUUACUGGAUGUACAGGUUAGCUACUGACAAACAGCCUCAGAGAAGAAAGGCACAUUGAAUUAGAUAAAGUAACUGUUCCUAGUGCUGGAUGGGAUUUUGUUAGACAGGUUAUACAACAAUUCAAAGAAGUUGCAUUUACAUGUUAAUGUAGUCUGUGUUCUUUUUGUACAUCAUAUUACUGCAUGCUUCUUAACUCUGGAAUUGAUGCUACAUUAAGCAUCACUGAGUGCUUUGUAUUAUCCUUGAUGUUUACACCAUGGAAUAGUUGGACAAAUGUUGUCUUGAUUAUUUGAUCAUACUUGCUCUAUUGCUCA